UCAAUACCACAGAAGAAGAAGCGUUGCGGAGACAAGAGGAAGAAAAUGACAGGGCGCGCGAAAAGAAAACCCAAAUCCAGUCAGGUAAAUUUACGGAGUUUCGACCCCUCUCUGGUUGACUGAGGAAAUACCCGUUUAUGUCGGUGUGGUGAGGCUCAGGAGUAUGCCGUAUUUAGUCAGAGUAACGACAGAAUAGCGCCUGGUUAACGCAGUGGGCAGAAGUGUGUGGCAGGCAGCAGUGGUCAGAGGACAACAUGGCAGCAGCGGCAGCAGCAGCAGCAGCUCCAGACUGACACAAAGCAGCUUGUUUGUAGACGUUCACAGCGAGCAUACGUUGAUACGUUAACAUUACAAUGAUGUUUGCUUUACAAAAUCUUGGAGCGCAAUAAUAAAAUCCUCACACUAAUAUUUCAAACCCUUAAAAAGAUCUGGUCAAUGAAGCCGGUGGGGGGUCUUCUUCAUUUGAUUCCUGCUUCUCUUAAAGGAAACAUUAAAUGUUUGAAGUGUAGACAUUAUGUAAGAUUUCACGCAGUUCUUUUGAAAAUAUAAUUUGAUGCAUUGUUUAACCGGCUCCCAAAAACACAUGUAUUUGUUCCCAUGGGCUACACUUGGAAAAAAAUUGGGGUGUUAUUUCAGCUUCCACGUUUUCAUAAAGACCAACACAGUUAACACCUGGGACCACUGCUAUAGUACCAGGUCUACAACAAAAGCAACAACUUGUGGCAUGGUUAGAUUAGCUGCUGUUUUGGAUUGCACUACAUCGCCCAGGUGUUCCUAAUGUUAUGGCUGUUUGUUGUGUGUCUAUAUUCAGAACAGCUAUAAAUUAACAACCCUGUAACUAAUCCCAGCUAUCUGUGGGUCAUAAUGAUCAGCUGAUGUCUGCUAGAGUUAUGUAGAUCAAAGCUGUUGGUGUUUGUCAUGUAUAAUACUGUUGUUGACAUUCAAGGUGGUAUGUAUCCAUUUGUGUCAACCUUUGUUACAGGAGACCUUAUUUAACCCUCAAACACUAUCACUAAAAUUAGUAACACCAUCACUUUCGUUGGGUGAUUUUUACCUGAAAUAAUAAACCCAAGAAAAAGUACUUGUCAUCAAAAUAUAUCAAAAUAGGACAAUACAUGACAAAUUAAAGUAGUUUUCUUUAACUUUUAACUGUGCAAUGUCCAAAGGGAGGGGGAAAUUGCCAUGAGGGGGCCAUAUAAAAUGCAAUAAAAUAACUGAAAUUUAGUUUCUUUUCCACCCAUUCCUGGGACAUGUGAGUCUUCCCUGGUGAAGACUCAGGGUCUUUGGCACAAUAACAGCUGCAGGAGAGAGAACCAAAAUAUGGCAGAUUUUGAGUGAGUAAAAAUGACCAGCUGACAAAAAUAUUUCUUAUCACCAUUUGAAUUCCCUUCAAAAUCACUACUUUAUGAUAGUUGUUCAUAACUGCGGCACUAAAUAAAGAUAGCAUGCAAAUUCCAGGACCACUCUUACUGACCUUAUUCACCUACAUGCAGCUAUCAAAUCCACCCAAACCUACUUUACCCUCUAUCACUAUUGCUGGGUGAAAAUCACCUGAACAUGUGCCUGCAGGAAAAAACAGGUUUUGGUUUAGGGAAACAAAUAUGCCUUCAAAGAUGUCACAGGCAAUGCUGAAGCUACCUUUGGUGCCAAACUUCCCUUAACAUCACCAAGUAUCCAGUGUUCGAUGGCUGAAAGUCUACCUGAUGGAUAGUCAUUUACAAAACAUAUGCAGAAAAUUUGCAAAUCAAACGGUUGUUUCCCCUUUGACAUGUUUUAGGAGUCCAGUACAAGCAACGGGGAGGUGAAGAAAGCCCGCACAGAUGAGCUGAAAGAAGUGCCAUCAUCAGAGGUGAAUUCAGAGCAACGUGAUGAGAUAUCCCAACUAUACAAAUUUCCAAUGCCAGAGGAUCUGUACCACUUCUGGGACUUCUGCAAGGAGCUUUGUCCUGACAGCCCUGGUGGUAAGCUCACUUCACAAACUGUGUGUGCUGUUGAUAGCAAUGACAGUACAGGAGGUUCAUCCAACAUUUAGUCAAUUAUCUGUCUGUAAAGAAAGAGAAACAGGACCAGAACUUGCUUAGCCAAUAGAAAGUCGUACAAUAUGACAAUAUGUAAAAAGAAACUGUAAUAAAACAAUAUCAUCAGAGAUUUAAUGAAACCUGCUGAUAAGAUUAAGUCUUUGCUUCAAAAUUGAGGACUUUUUUUUCUAAAUGUAGAGAUAUCAAUACAUACGUUUGGCUGACGUGAAAAUUGAAUGUACUUUUGCUUAUAAUAGCUGCGCUGAAAGACACACUGGGAUUGCAGCUGGUUGGUCCUUUUGACAUCCUGGCUGGAGCCCACAAAGACAUCAAAAAUCCUCAGCCCAACUUCCACCUUCACUGGAGGUAUUUUUAUGACCCACCUGAGUUUCAAACUAUCCUUCGGGGGAGCGAGGACACUCAGCAUCACAUCGGCUAUUACAGGUAUGGUACUCAUAUUUUUGUUCAUAUGAAGGGUGUAAGUUGUUGUAGCUUCAGUUAGAGAGCCCUUGGCUUGAAACAUGUAAUGUUGAUGCUGGUGUGGAGACAACGGACCAGAUACAGAGUACAUUUUUGUGAGAAGGAGUUGUUCAUGAUUCUGAUUUACUAAAUUUUAGUCUUCCCAAAUCCCACAGAGAUACUCCAGACUCUCUGCCUUCUUUUGUCGGGGAAAAUGAAGCAAAAAAAGGCUACACUAUUACACAGAUGGGGGACAACAUAUUUGCUGCUGUCCUGUGAGUACACCCACCAUAUGUGUCAUUGAGCUGUAUACAUUUUAAAGAACACAAUCAAUAAAUUGAACACAAAUACUGCACUUGGUACUUGCUAAACAGUGAUGUCAAAUGCAUAGCACUUAAUCCUCCCUAAUGUUUAUCCUCUUUUUCUCUUUCAUCCAUCAGUCUGUAUCUGUUAAAGAGGAGGAAAGAGCUGGGCAGCAAAAAAGAGGGUAGAGAGGCUUUGGAAGGCUUAGAGACAAAGCUGAGGGACCGAGCUGAGAAGCUGGGCUUGUCUUUAGAGCAGAAGACCAAAAGCAUGAAGCUGAGAGACAAAAAGGUAACUGAAGAUUUAUUUCCAUUAUAAGUAACAAAGAGCUUUUAGUCUCAGGAGUUUCUUUCCACAUAAUGUAACCCAGUACAUUAUUGUCUGUGACUCCAACAAAGUUUAAAGUCCAAAGAAAACAAGCAUUAAAACCAUCUCAAAAUUCUCAAGUAAAAAUGUAUUUAUAUACUUCAACACCUGUAUACCUAUAUUUAUUUAUCAUAUACUAAAAUGAAUGAUAGAUUUUUAAACGCUCAAGUUAUAGGUGUAUGUGUAUGCCCCUGUUAUUUUGCAAAUUCUAAGUGCCACAGGUCAAUAUUUUGUAAGAUUACUCUAACUUCAAAUGUAGAGUCACAGUUUCUGGUUUUAACAGAUUUCCAGCCCCAUCACAUGACUUUAAUUUAAUACUGUGCAGGAAAUACUUUUCAGAGUUCUCGUGGUCUGACUUUUAGACCAAACUUGUGUUGAACUUUGAGCUGAUUAUACAUCUGUUAAUUAGAAAUCUUUUGUAACCCGAUAGGUGGUCACCAAGACAUUCCACACUGCUGGAAUUGUUGUUCCCGUAGACAAGAACGAUGUAGGAUACAGGGAACUACCUGAAACAGAUGGUGAGUGAAAUUAUUGUAAUCAUGUUAAUUCAGCUUAAGAUUUAAAAAAAAAAAAAAAAAGUCUAUACCAUUGUUUUAACUGUUGACCUGAUACUCAUUCCUGUGUUUCCAGCUGGUCUUAAAAAGAUCUGCAAAGCUAUCGCUGAAGCCAGGAAUGAUGAAGAGCGUGUCAAAGCCUUUGGACCUCUCCAGGAGAUGAUCACAUUUGUUCAGUUUGCCAAUGAUGAGUGCGACUACGGCAUGGGUUAUGAGCUCGGAAUAGAUCUCUUCUCUUAUGGAUCCCAUGUGAGUCACUCUACUACAUAGAGAUUUGACCAUAUUUCACCUGCUGACUCUCUGCCCCUCCCCUUAACUAUACUGUCAAAGCCAGAGAUUUAUGUUGACCUCCUUUGUUGAAUUGCACUGCUUACUCUUCUCCUGUCUGUUCUUACUGCCUGAAUCUUACAAAAUAAUCCUUGGUUUCACAUCUCUCCACAGUAUUUCCACAAGGUAGUGAAGCAGCUCCUGCCAAUGGCCUACAACUUGCUGAAAAGAAACUUGUUUGGAGAGAUUCUCGAGGCCCACCUCUCCAGUCGUAGCCAUGACGACCUGGACCAGCUCUCUGCACAAUGAAAAAAAAAAGGACUCAAAAGUACAUUUCACUUCUAACUUUAAUACGUUUUUUCCCACCAUUGGUUUUUGUCUGGGUUGUUCGUCAUUGUUAAUGUCACUUGGUGCUGCUUACUUUCAUUUGAACCAGUUCUAUGAUGCUCGUUUCAAAAGGUAGAUCUCUAAUAAAAGUAUUUUUUAUAUAU